AUGCCGGGCAGGUCAGAGCCAGAACCUGUGCGGCGCCCCAGAAUGAUGAUCAAUGUCUUGGAGGAAAUCUCCUCUGAGUACACCUAUGCCUCCUUCAAGCGACAUGAGGAGGGACCCCUACCAGAGGUGCCCAAGGAGAUCUGGGACGAAGCCCGUUCACAGCUCCGUGUGCAUUUCCAGGCAUUUCUGGGUCAAUGGGAAAUAUUGGGACUGGAACACGAGGAGCAUCGAGAACGAGCUGCGGAGCGCAGACGGUUAGAGAAGGAAGAGAAGGAGAACGAGGAGGAGAAGAAAGCCCUUGAAGAUUCUUCCGCAGUGUUGGUCCCACGGCGGCAGAAUGCACCCGUUGGGCAGAUGGAACGGCGACUGUGGGCUGAAGCAGUGGAAGAAGUUGAGGAACAUCAUGAGACUCACAAGAAUGAAGACGGCAAGCCCGAUCCGGACUCUUUGCUGGGCAAGCUCAUGAAGGCACGCAGUUUUGAUCAGUUUCGUCUAGAGAAGCUGAGCCCUUUGUCCUGGUUGGUGCACGUGAAUCCGAACCAAGACCGUCCUGAUGAGCAGUUCGACGAAGACACCGAGGCCAAAAAAGUGGCCAUGUCAGAGCUUCUCAAAAAGGGUGGACAUGGCAAUGGCGAGGACCUCAAGCAGCAAUUCGAGGAGCUGCAAGCACAAGCAAAAAAGAAGGCGAAUCAAGCCAAAAAGGUGUUUGAAGAGAAGCUGGCCGCAGAGAAGAAGAAAUUAGCUGAGAAGCAGAAGGCAGCGAAGGAACGCUUGGAGCAUGAGCUGAAGUCAAAGCAACUUAAGGACCAGAUUCUGAUCAUGAAGGAACAGCAAGAGGAGGCGCGUGUCCAGGAAGAUUCCAUCCAGAUGGGGAUCAGUUUGUACUGCUGGGCCUUGAUGAUGCCCUUUGGUUACGAGGCAGGCCUUCUCCUAGAGCAAAAGAGACAAGGUGUUGGCAUCUUUGAAUGCGACGAGUGGGCUGUCUACAGCAACCAAUCCAUGAUGGCAGAUGGAAGUCCUUUUCCGUUCCCUGUGCAUGAGGUCACAGGCCCCAAUGGGGAACCGAUCUCCCUCUUUGUGCCACUGGGUGGGCGAUGGCACACUGCCUUGAACCGUCCCUCGGUGUGA